AUGAAGCGCCAUCCAAGGGCCCGAGAGCUUCGUUGGCCGUCUGUCGCCUCGAGGGAUAACCUCUCUUCCAUGUUUUCUCGUGUCCCGCUACUGCAUGGCGUUUCUGCGGUUGAAGAAUCGCUGCAGGCUUUGACAAUGGGCGAUCAUGUCCCGGGGCUGCUUAUUCCAAUUGCUUUCCUUUCCUCGCUAAGGGCUAAUCUGCAAAUAUCCACCUUCCCUGAGGAUGCACUCUAUAAUCCAUACUCGCCCUAUGGUUUGUCCAUGGCAAACACUCCCGAUAUCCCAUGCACCCCUCUCCAUACAUCGACCUACGGACGGGAAACAUUUCAUCUACCCUCGCCGGCGCUUCCACAACCAAGCUUCCAGCCCGCAGAAGCUUUAGAUCUCGAUUUUUGCCCCCAUGGCGCAGCUAAGCCCGCUGGUGCUCGCCUCUCCGUAUUCCCCACGCAAUCCGAUGAAGAAAUCGCAACUGCUCUCGGCCUGGUGUCAGACAGUAUCGCACAGCAACGACACAUGGCUGUCAGAGCUAUCAUCUCCCACCCUGCAGUGCUUGCAGCUGGCAUCCUCUUUUUCCUUUCAAGCAGCAAGACAAUUUACUCGGGUUCACCAGUCGACUUUAUCCUCAUUCUCAGCGUCUGGACGCUGAGUAUCUCGAUUUCCGUUCUAGUGGUCCGUUUCAUGGUCAGGGGCUAUCAGGAUUCGAUCCAGCAAUCGAGGGAUAUAAGCUGGCUUUCGGAAAACUCCGUUCAUGGCCUAUCACAUAGACGUGACGAAGUAUUUGUCGCCCGAGACCCUACCGUGAACAACGGUGAAGGCGGUGGAGACAUUGUUGGUGUCCUGGUUAUGAGAAUAUGCAAAACAGUUACCGAUGCUAGUACGCCGGGCGUACGACCACGAUCAGCCAGACGCAAGAGCUCAGCCAGGUGGACGGGCAUAAUCCGUGCAUGGACGGUCAAGCAAUCCGCCAGGUCGAGUGGAGUGGGCACCAGACUGUUGGAGGAGGCUAUCGCUAAUUGUCGACUGCGGACCCUGGAUGGUCCAAUAUUCGCCGACGACCACGCACAUUCGAAGCGAUUUUUACCAGGGAUGUUUAAUGUUGGUUUUGACAAGCAAGAUAUAUGGGCCCGGAGCUUCUUGGAACACACCGUUAUGAAGGAAAUAAAUAAAUAA